AUGCUGACCAAAACACCGCCACAGCUGAAUCAACUCUUUGAGGAGAUGGCGGAGAACGGGUACGAUUGGGGCACUGCCAGGAGAUCGAGACGAGCACCAGGACGGGGUGUGCAUGCUGUAGGCACCCAGUCAUCUGAUUUGGUGCAGGUGGUAUCGAAGCUGGUUUCAGCUAUCGAUCGUUCUGGUUUGAUUGCAGGUACAGGGCAGCCGCAGGCUAUGCACUGCCAGUGGUGUGAGAGCUCCCAUCACACCGUAGAGGACUGCCAGGCGAUGAAGGAAUCGACAACACCCCAGGAGCAGGUGAACUUCAUCAACAAUGUUAGGCGCAAUGACCCCUACAGCAACACUUACAACGAGGGGUGGCGCCAGCAUCCCAACUUCUCCUGGGGUGGGGCAAAUUCCAAACCACCAGUCCCCCAGGGACCACCGGGCUUCCAGAGGCCGCCAUAUCAGCCCAGACAGGGGCAAUUCCAGCAGCCACAGCAGUCUCUCUACCAGCCCAUGCAGGGGCAUGCUGCGCCAUCACAGCCGCGACCUUUCCAGCAGCCAGGUGCAGCCCCUGCCGCCCCAGUGCAGAAUGAUCAGAUGGCUGAACUGCGGGAAUUGGUGGGUUCUCUCGCCAGUUCUAGUGCUCAAAAAUUUAACACCAUCGAUCAGUUCAUGGAAAAGGCAUCGGGCAAAUUCCUGGCUCUGGAAGCUGGCCAGAGGAACACACAGGCUGUCUUGCAGGAUAUCCAAACCCAGCUGGGGAGUGUGGCUCAAGCAGUGGCACAAAGGGCUCCUGGUACUCUACCCGGUCAGACCAUCCCUCAUCCUCAAAACCCGAAUGAGCACUGCAAUGCCAUCAUGACCAGUAGUGGCAAGAUGACUGUUGAUCCACCUGCUCGGGCACAAGAGAGAGAGGCCCCUGCCUCGGCAUCUCCAGCAGCUGAAGAAGAAGCAGAGAAGGAGGUUGAGGUGCCUGCACCUAAACCGCAACCAGUAGUGAAGGAGUAUAUCCCUAAACUCCCCUUCCCUACUCGGUUGCACAAAGACAAGCUGGAGGCAGAGUUCGAGAACUUCAUGGCCAUGCUUAGGAAGCUGAAUGUCCAAGUACCUUUCCUGGAGGCACUAUCUCAAAUGCCUAAGUAUGCGAAGUUACUGAAGGAUCUUCUCUCAAAGAAGCAGAAGCUGAGCGAGCUGGCCACUGUGGAGCUCAACGAGGAGUGCUCGGCCAUUCUGCAGAACAAGCUUCCGCAGAAACAGAAGGACCCAGGUAGUUUUACUAUCCCGUGCUCUAUAGAAAAUUUGCAUGUAGAGAGGUCCUUGGCGGAUUUAGGUGCUAGUAUCAAUGUUAUGCCAUAUAAACUGUUUAAGAAACUAGGCCUAGGUGAACCUCGUGCCACUAGGAUGAGCCUUCAAUUAGCUGACUGA